AUGGCCUCCACCAAUCUGGAUAAUCUUGUACAUAUUGACCGUUCACUAUCAUGGCGCGCUGAACCAAUUUGUGAUUGGUGCUCGCUUCCUUUCACCAACAAAUCCGAUGAUUUGGCGCAUCGACUACCAUUUUUGUUGUCUUGCCAACACUUGUUGUGCAGUCAAUGCGUACGUGAACAUGCCCACGAGGAUCAAAUUACCUGCAAGAGAUGCAAACAACAUACGCCGCUUUCGGCUAGACAACACGAUCCAACGAAAAGCUUGUAUCCCAGUUUUUAUUUGCUAGGCGUUAUGGAGCGUUUGAAUGAAGAACUGCACAAUCUUAAAUUGUAUUGGGAAGAGGAAAAAAAUGCUGAGAGUGCGUGUAUGGAUACAAAAUGCGACGUACAGGAUUUUAGGCACUCCACAUGGACACCCUACGACAUGGACACUCCGAAGAAGGCAAAAUUGUUGAUCGAAAAUGCAUAUCAUGCAUAUGAAAAAUCUAAAUAUUUGCUUGAAAAUCGUGCCAGAAAGCAAACAGAAAACAUCAAUCGCAUGGUGAUACAAGUGAACGCACAUUUCCUCACACUACACAAUGCCAUGCAAAUAGAAGAAGAUCGAGUUCUGCGGUUAAUACGAAAUUCAUUUCUCGAACAGCGUCAACAAAACAAAUAUCAGCAGCAACAAUUGCAAUCGUCCAAAUUACGCUUGGAGGAAUUGUUCGCGCAGGUUAAGCAGUUUCCGGAAAAGACUUCUUCGCCUGAUGAAAAAUGGACAAAAUUUUGCAUUAAAGUGCAAAAGUUUCUUGAAAGAGAUCCGGUUAAACUCCCCUCCGACAAUAGACAUCUUAAUACAACUAUUUCUUUUGCAAAAAAUAACGAUUAUCUCUUUUCGACGGUAAUGGUCACUUGCGUGGUAAGUCCUCGUGAGUUUUACGUGCAAGAUGUUCAGUUUGAUGAGGAUUUAAAAAUUCUCAACGAACUGUGUAAAAUCGAGGCUGAGACAUAUAACGAUAAAUUGAUCUCUAACAACUAUCAACUUAGCAUAGAGGUACAUUCCUUGUAUCUAGCACGGCCGAAAAGUUCCACAAACUGGUAUCGAGCGAAAGUACUGAAGUCGACGGAUGCAUCUUCGAAUCACCUCGGGACGUACGUAGUACAGUACAUUGAUUUUGGUCGAACCGAGGGAGUUGAAUAUUCUCAGAUACGGCCAAUAUCGGUAGAAUUGAGUAAGUUUGACCCCAAAGCCGUUAAGUGCUCAUUGUACAACGUAAUAGAACCACGCCUGAAAGAAACGUCCAACAAGCACAGAGGAGAGUGGCCAAAAGAGUGCGCACAAAUAAUGAUUGACUUCAUCAACAGCCAGAAAAUGAUCAUGUUCAAAGUAUAUGGCUCUAAAACGACUAGCACUGCGAAAGUAGAUCUUUUUCUUCCGCCGCAAGUCACCAUGCAAAAUAACAAAUCCAACAAAUUUCCGAAUUUAGAGAAGAACUGUUGGGACGGUUACUACGCUCCGAUGUCUUUGCGAAGCACACUGCUCUACCUGGGUCAGUGCGACAUGGUACAGGGUUUCAAGAACGAUACAAUGGCCGACCGUGUUAGCUGGCUUACUAGUUGGGUUCAGAAGGCUACGGAUGGGUCACUGAAGUUAGGACGCAUACCCACCGCUCCUGAACUGAAAGCGUACGAUAUGUUCGACGUCACGAUCACUAAUUCCAUUUCACCCGAUAACUUUUACGUGAUGCCAUCGUCGUGGAGAAAGAUUUAUUUCGAUUCCCUGCAACAACAACUUGAAACCCUUUGCCUUAAGCAGGAAUGUGGAAGAAUUUUCUGUCCUUACCAGGGUCUUGUAUGUAGUUUUACGGUCACCAACAAUGAUGUAUGCGAGUGGUUUCGUGGUCGUGUGGAGAAGGUGCUGAAUGCUGGUUGUGAAAUGUUCGCUCUAGAUACCGGCAGUCGAAUGUUCGUACAGUGGACAGACAUGCGCUUGCUUCCGCCAUUGUGCGCUCCCCUAAACCAGCAUGUACUUGCAGUCAAAUGCCGAUUAGAGCUUAUUCUUCCAAAAAGCACCACAGACAACCCAUCCUGGACUGGGGAGGCAAUCAAAGAGUUUAAUCAAUAUACGUGCAGUUCUACCCUGAGCUUUUCCGUCCGUAUCGGCCAAUAUUACAAACAAGACGAGGUGUACAACGUGGUGUUGUACACGAUGAAUAAAUUUGGAAGUGAUUUGUGCAUGAACGGGUUAUUGGUUGAUCACGGACAUGCCGAAUGUACAGGUAACAGAGAGGAAAUCAAGGAUCGCAUUUGGCAGUCUAACGAAGAAGCGACGGAUAAUAUUGCUGAGCCUAUCCCAAAAAUAAUAGAUUCACGUGUACCUGUUGACGUGCUAACGUUGGUGUCACCCUACGAGAUUUACGUACGGUUGUGUUCUCGGGCGACUGCUUUGGAGCAGCUACAUCAGAUCAUCCAGGAGCAUAUGGACGAUCCGUGCGACGAUGAAGAUACUUCGAUUGGAGAUAAGAACUGGUUGGUUGGUGAUAUGUGUGUUGUGUACGCAGCACCCGCGGGAUCUGAUGGAAGUGAAUGGUACCGGGCACAGGUCAUAAACGUGCUUGAACGAGGGAAAGAAUACGAAGCUUUCCUGAUUGACCGGGCUGGGAUCGUAAAGGUACAUCAUACCAAUAUGGCUCGCAUAACGGCACGCAUUUGCCAAGUGCAACCCGGCGCCAUCCGGUGUCGGUUGGCCUGCAUCGAUCCGAUUGGAGGGAACGCCGUUUGGCAUCAAUCUUCGCUCGACGGUUUUAAACAAGCAGUCAAGUCUUUCGACAGUCACGCUAUAUCUUUGGAUGCAAAGGAGACUCAGACCUCUCAGGCUUCGACCCAUCAGAUUGCGUCCAUCCUUGCACAAUCUCUUUCAGUCGUGUUAUGGGGAGUGCGCGCGUCUAUCAAUAAUGCUCUUGAACCUCAAAGGACGCAGUAUCGGAAUAUCAACCAAUUACUUAUGGCAAGGGGCUUGGCACAUUGUACCGGCCGAUUUCGCACGUUCGCCAAAAAAGGCAGUGGUGCAGUUGAAGAGAUGGAAUCGCUGGAGAGCGCGAUCCAUGAUCACAUGUGCGCUGAGUACGAGAAGAUACAGCAGUUUUUUCGUAGAGUCGCCGCCGUCUCCAGAGAAGAAACAAGAGCACCAAGGGACGGAAGCAAAACGGCGCAAACUGUGCUGAACGGGGCAGAAUCUCUGCUCAUGGACCCAACAUAUGCCGCCUCAAUGGGGCUGGCUAACACGUUAGUUGAAAAUAUUUCCGCUUGGCCCGAGAGCAUCCAGAUCGACAAAAAGGAAUUCGUGGCCAUUCCGACGUACGUCGGAAAUGAUGGGACCAUAUAUCUAUACGACUUGAUGCAAGAGCCAAUUCUUAAUCGUAUCCGUGACGUGAUCAACGAGUACGUCCAGAAGAACGCCCCUAAUGACGAAGAUGAUAAGACGCGAAAUAGUACAUUCGCGCCAGGACAAAUAUGUCUGGUUAAGUUUCAUCAGGACGGCUUGUUCUAUCGAGGAGUGAUCAUAGACAUAAUAGCAAAUGAACGGUACCACGUCCAAUUUGUAGACUAUGGUAACGUAGAGAACUGUUCUUCAGAGGAUAUACGACGAGAGAUCGUUUGUGGGCAAGUACCGGUGCAGAUCAAUCGCUUCAAAUUGGCGUGUAUUAUGCCAAAAGGACAACACUCGUUAUCUUCUAAAUGGUCGCAGAGUGCCCUCGAUGCUUGCCACAGGCUAAUCGUGCAAAAGCAAUGUCUAAUUCGCGUUGAAGAAUAUGUCAAUGCGAGCUGCGAUGCAACAGAGACGCCACAUCAUUUAAUUUCUAGUUGCCGGAUUCAUCUCGUGGAUGGAAAGAUAGACGUGGCCAAGCAGCUUGUUGAUAUGGGUCUAUUUGAGCGAACUUUUAAGACAAACGCUAGAAAGUCGAUUGAGGAAAUGAUCUCGCUGCCAUCUACACCAAUGAUUGCAGACCCUGGCACGAAUCGAUCUCUUUUUGAAAGUUCUUCGAAGGAACAUCGGAACAUAUUAUCUUUCCUGGGGAAUAUACAUGCCGAAUACCGAUCAUUUAUCGUAGCGAGCGAGUAUGAAGAUCCAAACGAGUUACCUGAAGUGGAGGACGACAGCGACUGGAUGAACCGCGCCCAGGUUAUCAACCCGGAAAUGGUCGAUGAUAAUGAUCCUGGCACGAUCGACCAGCAGAUGGUACAAAUAUACCAGACAGAAAGCCCUAUGCCAUCACCGGCUUCCUUCUGUUCGAGCGAAUUUGAAACAUCCUCCCGUCUAUCAGAUACCAAUUCGGAUUCAGAGUGCAGUCCGACUAGCAACGAUCCAUUAUUUCGCUGUUUCACACAACAGCCAUCGAUAGACCGCAAGAUUGCUGAUAGGGGAUUCUUUGCCGAGUUCACCAACUACGACGACGGUCUGAUACUGUACGUGUAUCCGCAUCUCGAAGGCCACACCCAACAAAUGAUGCAGAUGGCAGAGAAGAUUCAGCAAGUAGCAAUCAAACAGAACCGACUACAUCUCUGGCAGGCGAGUAUGCUCGAACCCGGUUCACCUUGUUUGGCGCCAUAUCGCGAAGAUGGUCGAUAUUACCGGGCGAUACUAGAGACGGUAGACCAAGAACAACGCCAGGCACGCGUCCUGUACGUCGAUUACCUCAAUCGGGACACGUUACCGAUGAGCGAACUGCGCAAGUGCCCCGUGAGGUUGCAGCAUGAUCCGCUGCGUAACAUACAGGUCCGGUUGGCCGGCAUCCGACCGAAUCCGCGGUUACGCGUUGACGAUAUCGCCCAACGACUUGUAUUAUUGUUACAGCGCCCAUUCUUCGUGAAAGUUGUGUUCUCUCCUGCACAGCCACAUCAGGAUGCAGUGCGCGGCGUUAGAGUGUUAGAUGUGAAAUUGUAUUCCGAUCAGGACUGCGCUAAGCUCACCUACCAGAAAAUGAUCGAUGAGAAAUAUUUUUAUAUUGAUUCCAAAUAGAUCUGGGCUACAGGCUCUCUCGCUUUUUCGACAUACUUGUAGGUUUAAUUUCUCGCUCUUUCGCCAUACUUGUAGGUUUAACGAAAGAAGAACUAGUUAUUUCAGCAGAUGUCUGUUUUUGUUUUUCUUAUACUAAAAAUUAUAUACUUUUUAUGAAUUUAGAUGCGUACUGUUAUCCAUUCAAUAUGCAACAUGAGUUACAAAGG